AAGCCACAAUUAAUCUCUCCUAACAGAGAAAGAAAGAAAAUUAUACACAGAUAUUUCACACAUAUAUAAAAAGUUAUUGGUGACGUUAUUUUACACGAAAAGCAAAACCUUGUAUGAAUUAAUCAUUUUGAGAAAUGGAGAGUAAUAUGCAAAACCUGUUGGAGAAAUUAAGGCCUCUUGUGGGUGCAAGAGCUUGGGACUAUUGCGUUCUUUGGAGCCUAAAUGAGGACCAAAGGUUUGUGAAGUGGAUGGGAUGUUGUUGUGGUGGGACACAACUCAUAGAGGAAGCUGGAACAGAAGAGUUUAGCUUCGGAGGUUGUAGAGAUGUUAUGUUCCAUCAUCCUCGAACCAAAUCUUGUGAAUUUCUUGCCCAUCUUCCUUCUUCCAUCUCUCUUGAUUCCGGGAUAUAUGCGGAGACUCUUCUGACUAACCAGACCGGUUGGUUAACUGAGAGCUCAGGACCAGGUUUUAUGCAGGAAACAAUAUGUACUAGGGUUUUGGUUCCUAUACCGAGAGGAUUAGUGGAGCUCUUUGCAGCCAGACAUGUCGCUGAAGAUCAGAACGUGGUGGACUUUGUAAUGGGGCAUUGCAACAUGUUGAUGGAUGAAACCGUAACGAUCAACAUGAUGGCAGGGGAUAAGGUCGAGUCCAAGCCGUAUGGGAUGUUGUUACCUGGUGACAUCCAUCAAAAGGGUUCCUCAAAGGAAGAAGAGAUGAUGAAUCUCCCAUCGCCAUACGAUAUCUCAGCUGAUCAAAUCCGGCUCAACUUCUUGCCUCAGAUGAAUGAUUACGAGUCACAACAACACUUGAAGAUGAAGAGUGAUUAUGAUCACCAUCAUCAAACCUUGGGGUAUGAUCUCCCGGAGAAUGGUAACAACAUGAACCCUUUUAACGCGGUGGCAGAAGAGGGGAUGUCGGUGAUGGGCGAGGCUAGCUUGCUUGUGAACGAACAGCAAGUCGGUAACGAUAAGGAAAUGAAUGAGAACGCAACUGGUUCAGAUUGUAGCGACCAGAUUGAUGAUGAAGAUGAUCCAAAGAGGAAGAAAAAGACAGGAAAACAUACUCAAGCUAAGAACCUGCAUGCUGAGAGACGGAGGAGGAAGAAGCUAAACGAUAGGCUUUACGCUCUCAGGUCGCUUGUUCCCAGGAUAACUAAGUUGGAUAGGGCAUCGAUUCUUGGUGACGCGAUCAACUACGUUAAGGAGUUGCAGAAUGAAUUAAAGGAGCUUCAAGAUGAGCUUGAAGAGAAUUCAGAGACUGAGGAUGGAUCUAAUAGGCAGCAAGGAGGGAUGAGCCUGAACGGGACAGUGCUCACUGGGUUUCACCAGGGGCUUUCGUGUAACUCGAAUCUUCCUGACAUGAAACAAGAUGUUGAUCUUGAGAACUGCAAUGAUAAAGGACAAGAAAUGGAGCCGCAAGUGGACGUGGCACACUUGGAUGGAAGAGAGUUUUUCGUAAAAGUGAUUUGUGAAUACAAACCAGGAGGCUUCACAAGGCUAAUGGAGGCACUUGAUUCUCUGGGACUUGAGGUCACAAAUGCUAACACGACUCGUUUCCUCAGCCUUGUCUCCAAUGUCUUUAAAGUCGAGAAAAACGAUAGCGAGAUGGUGCCAGCUGAACAUGUGAGGAACUCGUUGCUGGAAAUAACCAGGAACACAUCUAGAGGAUGGCAUGAUGAUCAGAUGGCAACUGGCUCCAUGCAAAACGAAAAGAACGAAGUUGACUAUCAACACUAUGAUGAUCACCACCAUCACGGCGGUCAUCAUCAACUACAUGAUCAUCAGAUGAACCAGAGCGCUCACCAUCACCACCAACACAUCAACCAUUACCAAAACCAAUAAGGAACAUGUUCCCUGAGCUACCAAGAUGUGUUUCUUUACAUGAGAAAGAAACAUUAAAAUCUGCGCAAAUACACUUCAAAGGUCUUUUUCCAUUUCAUCAGAUAAUAAAAAAAGGAAUGACAGUUCGAGAGAAA